AUGAUUAAGAAAAUGGCACCAUCCGAGAAUGAGUUCAACAUACCGGCCAAGAACUGCCACAGGAUGGUGAUAAUGGGCUCCACUAAAGUUGGGAAGACAGCCAUCAUCUCUCGGUUUCUGAACGAGAGAGUUGAAGACCAGUACACACCCACCAUUGAGGACUUUCAUAGGAAACUCUUCGGCAUCAGGGGAGACGUUUACCAGCUGGACAUUUUGGACACAUCGGGGAAUCAUCCGUUCCCUGCGAUGAGGAGGCUUUCAAUUCUCACUGGUGAUGUGUUCAUCUUGGUGUUCAGCCUGGACAACAGAGAGUCCUUCCAGGAGGUGCAGCGCCUGAAGCGCCAGAUUUAUGAGUCCAAGUCCUGCCUGCGAAACAAAACCAAGGAGAACGUGGAUGUUCCGCUGGUGAUCUGCGGCAACAAGUGCGACAAAGACUUUUACCGUGAGGUGCAGGAGGAGGAGAUCGAGCAGCUGGUCGGUGGAGACGAGCACUGCGCUUAUUUCGAGAUCUCAGCAAAGAAGAACACUAACAUGGACCAAAUGUUUCAGACUCUCUUUACCAUGGCCAAGCUUCCGAACGAAAUGUGCCCCGGUCAGCACUGCAAGGUGUCCGUGCAGUACUGCGAGGUUCUGCACAGAAAGUACUUCAAAAGCAAGAAGUGCAAAGAUGGGAACGCAUAUGGUAUUGUUGCGCCGUUUGCACGGAGACCCAGCGUGCAAAGUGACUUGAUGUACAUAAAGGAGAAAGCCAUAGGAGGCAGCCAGGGCAAAGAGAAGGGCUGCAUCAUAUGCUGACACUUUUUCUUUGCCUCUGUUCAAUUGACAAUUUUUUUUGAGACUUUCCAGAGCUGAAACGGAGCCCAUAAUCCCA